AGAUAAAGUAGGUUGACCGCAACUUCCCAUAGUUGGCAACACCAAACUCUAUUGAUUUUUGGGGUUAGGUUUCGCGCGUCAAACGUGCGACUGAUACCGAUACAAGUUCCCUAUUUAGGGCAUUGUGUUUUACAGUGAAUAAAACCAUUUACAAACAACACAGAACAUUCUCAACUGACCCAUUCUAAUCCGUAAUUAUCGUACAAAUACGCCCGCAAGCGGCUUAAAACAUGGAAGGGGCAAAAUUGGACAUUUCCGGAGGGAAAAAAUCAGACGACAGUCCACCAGCAAGUUACACGGCUAUUUCAGAGAAAGACAUGGAAGAGGAGACAGCCUCUCGACCCAAAUCACUUGUCAAAGUGAAAACCGCCUCUCCUGAAGCGGAUGGGGCAGAUGAAAAGAUGCUGCCCAAGGAGGACACUAAAAUAUCUCCAAACUCGAAUAUCAGCACAUCUAAGGUGAAGAUAUCUCUCGAUAAUCAUAAUGGGGAUGCUAAACUUGAUAUUGAUGAUAUAAAACCAGCCUUUGUGGGCCUUACCAAAGAGGAACUCAUGAAAUACGCCAACGACCCAUUCUGGGUGAGGCUAAGGAUGACCCUAUUCGUUGGCUUCUGGAUUUUGUGGGCCUUAAUGUUGGUAGGGGCCGUCGCCAUUAUUUAUACAGCCCCUAAAUGCCCCGCACCGCCUCCAAAGGAAUGGUGGGAAGUUGGACCUUUGGUUGAAGUUCCAUCAGAUGUGACUCUAGACCAACUAAAAUCACCGAAAUACGCAGACUUUAAAGGUUUUAUCCAGGCAUGGAAUGAAGAUGCUUAUGCAGCAGUUGAUGAUAGUCAUCAAAUCAUGAAACUGUUGAAGGGCGCCAAGGAAAACACGACUAAUGUUGUUUUGGUGCUGGAUCCCAGCACUUCCAGUGUUUGGUUUGAUAACUCUGAACAGAAGCAUCCCAUUUUUGAUGAUUAUUAUAUCUGGAGGGAUGGAAAGCAUGACAAGGAACCUCCAAAUAAUUGGAAAAGCGUUGGAGGAAACCACAGCGCAUGGCAGUACUCUCCGAAACGCAAACAAUUCUACUACGCACCUGUAAAUCAAAAACCUUUGCUCAACUUCCGCAAUCCGAACGUCACCGACGCGUUCUCCAACGUUAUCAAGAACUUCAUCGAAAAAGGAGCGUCGGGAAUUAUGCUGAAAAACGCUGCCCACCUUUUGGUCAGCCCCAAGUUCGAAGACGAAACCCCUCGCACGAACGUGAACUUCGGUCUUGAGGAUUAUGGAUUCUACACGCACACGAAAACAGAGUAUCUUGAAGAUUUAGCUCCACUGAUUAAGGAGUGGAGAACAGCAGUAAACAAUAAUACGCGUUCCAAACCGCUCAUGGUCAAAGAAGAGCUGCAAAAAGUGAAAGCUUUCAAAAUUGGAACCGAAUUGGUUGUUGAUUUGCCUUUGCAAAGCCACGCGUUCAACAAAGAAACCAUAAACGUCACCGAUUUGGUCAACUCCCUCAACAGCUCUUUCUCUGUCGAUGGAGUUAGAUGGCCAUUGUGGAAGGUUAAUACUUCUGCUGUGCCGGAAGAUGCCCUGGAAAUAGUAACAUACCUGCUACCUGGUUGUCCAUUGGUGCAGAAUGGUAAGGUCAACCACACCCUGGAUGAGUUGAGGGACAACUCAAAAUCCAUUAUGUGGGGCAACACUACUUACCAUGCUGUCGCUAAUAAGACUGUUUUCUCCUUUAUAAGGGAAAUUCCGGGCAGUCCAGGAUUUAUAGUGUCUCUUAACCCAACUGACGAUAGGGUUGUAGUAAAUUUCCCCCUAGAAAUUCCGAUCCUGUCUAAAUUGACGGAGGUCACAAUCCAAAUGUACAGUGCCAACUACAAUGAGACGGAGUACAUGCAGCACAAUGCUAAAAAGGAUGCCACCCUGGUCCCAAUUUCUCCCAAAUCGGCCCUGGUUUUAUCCUAUGUUCCUCACAAGGAUUAAAGAUGCAUUUAAAGAAAUAAAUCAUUCCAUAUGAAUUUUUUUACAUAAAUGUUUAUUAUUUUAUUAAUUUAUUAAAUGAGACGAACAUA